CUUUUGGCUAUUAUAUUGAAUGCAUCACUACUACUCUAUCGUAUUUUUUUUUAUAUGGGGGUCUUUAUUUUAUUCUUGUUCUGCUUCUCCUGAAGAGCUGCAGAUAUUAUAUAAUCGAAAAUUAGAUUUUAUUAUUCAAGAUUAUAGCAAUAAUUUUGAGCAAAUACCCCUUUGGUUGAGUACUUUUAAUGUUAAAAACGGUACUUGGACUGAUGUUGACUAUACAAGUGGCUGUCUUGCUAGACGAGCUAAUUGGCCUGCUCAACAGCAUUUUAUUCGAAUUGUUACAAUGGCUAGCCAACUUCAUACUGAUUUAGAGAACAUCAAUAAUAGUCCAUUAUUUCCAGUGAUUUCACAAGCAAUAGAUUUUUGGUUUGACAAUAACUAUAUACCAGAUACAUGCCUAGAUGAAGGUGGAUUAUUAAACAGCACUUGUCCAUGUGGUACGCCUGGAUUUUGGAAUACAAAUUGGUUUGGUCAGAUGAUUUUAAUGCCAAAAUUAAUUUCAAACACAUGUUUAUUACUCAAAUUUAACCUUACAUCAGCUCAGCUAAAGAAUUGCCAACUCGUUAUGCUACGAGUUUAUAACAGAAUUGAUACCUAUGUGCUUGGUAUUGGACCUAUGACAGGCGCCAAUAUGCUUGAUUCAGCAACUACUUUACUUAAUCUAGGCCUGUUAACAAAUAAUGAAACAAUAGUAAGAGAUGCAUUGAAUCAUUUCUAUAGUCAAACCACGAUUACACUUGCAACAGGUGUAGAUGGCGUUAAAGUAGAUGGAUCCUAUCUCCAGCAUCAUUCUCAACUCUAUACUGGAAAUUAUGGGAAAGAUUUUAUCAACUCAGUAGUUGUUGUAUACAUUCAAACCUCAAAUACCUCCUUUGCUCCCCCUUUGGAUUCACAAACUUCAUUCUUGACUUUAAUCAAUGGUACAGAAUGGAUGAUCGUCGCUAAUAAUAGAAAUAAUAAUAAUAAUAUCAUGUCAAAUUUAUUUUGGGAAUAUAGUGUAAUUGGUCGUAUGGUAUCAUUUCCGGUGAAUGAUAGGCAGGCGAGUGGGGGAGUGGCGUUGAAUUUGACUCGAAUCGAACAAGCAACUACAGGAUGGUCUAACGCAAGUGUUAUACAUGACGUAGUACAAAGGCUUUCUCAUGCAGCUACAAUCAUGAAGAAUCAAUCUUCGGUAGGACAACAACAAGGCAAAUUGAAUGGCACACGUAGUUUUUAUACUUCAGACUAUCUUGUUCAUCGUAGUCCUGAUCACGUUACAACUCUCAAAUCAUUCUCUAAAAGAACAUCUAAUUCUGAAUGCAAUAAUAACCAAAAUCCUUUUGGGUUUCAUUUGAGUGAUGGCUCCUUAUUCACUUAUUUGGAUGGUGAUGAGUAUGAGGAUGUCUUUGCUGCUUGGGAUUGGAAUCUUAUCCCUGGAACAACUGUAGAUUAUGAUGCGACGCCGUUUGGUUGUAAUAUGACACAAUACUAUGGUAAUACGACCUUUGUUGGAUCCGUGACACCCAAUCAUCCUUCUUUAGGGUAUUCUAUUCAAGGUGGUAUGGCAGUAAUGCAAUAUAUGAAUCCUAUGACGGGUCAUUUAAAAUGGGAAAAGACCUUUUAUUUCUUCCCAGGUCUUUAUGCUGUUCAGGUAGGACCCAUUCAUUCAAAGAACACCUCAUCACCUAUCAUGACUACUCUUGAUCAAUCUAAUUUAAAAGGUGAUGUAUACAUAAACGGAGAACGACUCUUAUCAGAAGAAGUUCUCAUACACAGUGGGAGGUCCUCUGAAAUACGACCCUCUUCUAUCAUUGAUAACAAUACAAAUACAAAGUAUGCAAAUAUAUGGCAUAAUCGUAUAUUAUACACCAUCCUUGAACAUCCUAAUUCAACUCAAAACGAUAAAAAUAACGCAUUCUUAUUAAAAGUACAUACCUCAAGUCAUGAUGUCAAUGAUUGGUCAAAAAUAGGUAUCUCUGAAGGAAAGGCAACUCAACGACUUUUUACAGCUACUUUAGAACAUUUACUUUCUAACAGUAGUAGUAGUAGUGAUAGUAAUGAUCAUCAUGCUGUAACCAGUUACAUAGCUCAAUUGAAUACAGAUAAAAAAUUAGAAACAAAUCAUGAAUCUUUAAUCCAAUUUGCUACUCAAGAUGAUGAUAGUAAAGGAAGAGUACGUGGUGCCUAUUAUGUAAAGGAUAAGACGAUGGCAUUCGCAUUUUGGACAGCAGCCUCAUUUGUCAGUCCAUGGGGUUUGACAGUAAUAUCUGAUGAAGCUAUAUUGACCUUUUUUACAAUCUCUAAAGGGAGGAAUAAUGACAACCGGGAUUCUUAUAUUCUUACUGUAUCUGAUCCUCAAGAAGAGAGAGCUGGAAAUAGCGUAUCUAGCAUAAAUAUUAGAUAGUUUUAUUAUUUUCAUAUUUACAUGGAAGGGGGAAUGAAAAAAAA